AUGCCGGUCACCUUUGUCGAUCGUCGUUGCCUCGACAACUCCGACGACAAGCCCUACAAUAGCUCCACCAGCCGCUGUCGUUCAUGUUGCAGAUUCGGUGAGUUCCCUACCCGAUCUCGUCUCCACCAUAAGGAUUUGACUAUUCAUCUCUUCCUCCGUCUUCGUGGAGGUAUGCAAAUCUUCGUUAAGACCCUUACAGGGAAGACAAUCACCAUGGAGGUUGAGAGCUCCGAGACCAUUGAUAACGUUAAAACCAAAAUUCAAGAUAAGGAGGGGAUUCCACCGGAUCAACAGAGGUUGAUCUUUGCAGGGAAUCAAUUGGAAGAUGGGCGAACUUUGGCUGAUUAUAACAUCAAUAAGGAGUCCAGUUUCCACCUUGUUCUUCGUCUUCGUGGUGGUGAUCUCCGUAAGUUGAACUAG